AUGCAAACAUCAGUACCAUCUAACAAACCAUCUCUUCAAUUUCGUUUUUCUCCACCAAUACUCACCCUACUUGUCAUGCUCGGAAUGUUUCUUCACGGAUUCAUCUCCUUCUAUCCACACCUUGAAUUUAUUUCUGUUCUUCAUUUACUCCAUAAUUAUCAACAUUGGAUCCGAUACGUCUUUUAUUUCACCUUGUUUCUUCAUGUGAUUGAGGGCGGUGCUUGUAUUUAUCAAUUGAUCAAUUUUAAAAACAAGUUAAUGGCUCACCAUUCAAAAGUCGUGAAUUUGAGAAAUUAUGAAAAAAUUUCAUUCUUGUAUGUGAUUCAGACUUUGAUUGUUGGAUUUCCAACCUUUGAAGAGCUUCAUGAGGAAAUGAAUCGACUCCUCCACGAAAUAACUGGUCAUCAAGAUUAG